CUCACGGCUUCUCUGGAAUUUCUGAGAGGAAUUAAAACCAGUGCAGGUAAACUAAGAGGUGGAACGUUUUCUUAAUCUGCAGUGUUGAGUCAUGGCUUCCUCCAGCAGUGUCCUGUCUGAAGAUGAACUCCAGUGCUCCAUCUGUCUGGAUGUGUUCACUGAUCCAGUCAGUACUCCAUGUGGUCACAACUUCUGCAUGGUCUGUCUCAAAGAGUGCUGGGACAGCAGUUCACUCUGCCAGUGUCCAGUUUGUAAGGAGGAAUUCUCUAAAAGACCUGAGCUGCGUGUGAACACUUUCAUCUCUGCACUGGCUGCUAAGUUUAAGAAGUCAGUUCAGAUUAAAUCCACUAGCAGCCCACAGAAAACUGUCAAAUCUCUGGUUCUGUGUGACAUCUGCUUUGGGUCGAGAGAUGCAGCCCUGAAGUCCUGUCUGAUCUGUGUGACCUCUUACUGUGAGACUCAUCUGGAAUCUCAUGAGAGAGUCACUAAAUUGAAGAAACACCAUCUGAUCGAUCCUGUGGAGAACCUGGAGGACUACAUCUGCCAGAAACACGAGAGACCUCUGGAGCUGUUCUGUAGAGACGACCAGACAUGUGUGUGUCAGUUCUGCACUGAGGGAGACCACAAAACUCACACCACUGUUCCUAUAGAGACAGAGAGUGGAGAGAAGAAGACUCAACUGGGAAACACACAGGCAGAAGUUCAGCAGAUGAUCCAGAACCGACUGAAGAAGAUUGAGGAGAUCAGACAGUCUGUGGAACUCAAUAAUAAAACCACAGAGAAGGAAAAGGCAGACAGUAUGGAGGUCUUCAGUUCUCUGGUGCGCUGUAUUGAGAGAAGCCAGGCUGAGCUGCUUCAGGUGCUGGAGGAGAAGCAGGAAGCAGCAGAGCGGCAGGCUGAAGAGUUCAUUAAAGAGCUGCAGCAGGAAAUCACUGAGCUAAAGAGGAGAGACACUGAGCUGGAGCAGCUCUCUGACACCGAGGACCACAUCCACCUCCUACAGAUGUACCCGUCCCUGUGUAGCCCUCCACACACCAAGGACUGGACUGACAUCACCAUUAACACUCCUCUGAGUGUGGAGACUCUGAGGAGAGCUCUGUCUCAGCUUCAGGAAACACUCAGGAAGGAAAUGGAGAAGCUUCCUGAGAUCAAGCUGAAGAGAAUUCAGCAAUAUGCAGUGGAUGUGACUCUGGAUUCUAAUACAGCUCAUCCACAUCUCUUCCUGUCUGCUGAUGGGAAACAAGUGAGACAUGGAGACACACCACAGAAUCUCCCUGACAACCCAGAGAGAUUUAAUCUUUAUACUGAUGUGCUGGGAAAGGAGGGGUUCUCCUCAGGGAGGUUUUACUAUGAGGUGCAGGUCAGAGGGAAUACUGAGUGGGAUUUAGGAGUGGUCAGAGAGUCCAUUAACAGAAAUGCUGAUAUUACAGCUUCUCCUAAGAAUGGAUUCUGGGCUGUGUGGCUGAGGAAUGAGACAGAAUAUGCAGCUAUGGACUCUCCCAGUGUGUCUCUCUCCUUGAAGCAGGCUCCCAAGAAGGUGGGGGUGUUUGUGGAUUACGAGGAGGGUCUGGUCUCCUUCUAUGAUGUUGAGGCCAGGUCUCAUAUCUACUCUUUCACUGGUCAGUCUUUCACUGAGAAACUCUAUCCAUACUUUAGUCCCUGCCUGAGUGAUGGAGGUAAAAACUCAGCACCUCUGAUCAUCUGUCCUGUUAAUGACCUUAGAUCUCAGGUCUGAUUUUUAUUUAAAUGGAUGGUACUUUGACAGUAGCGAAAGCGUUUAUUUAUUGACUGAAAAUUUGAUCCAAUUAAACCACAGAUUAAUUCUUUA